UGUCAAUUUCUAUUUUCUCAGUAGGUAAGAGAGAACCAUCAACAUCAAAAAGGCCAAAGUUAGACAAAGAAACAAUUAUCAGAGACUUCUUGAAAACAAGUCAGAAAAAGUUGUAUCAGGAUGAGAAUCGAAUGACACCAGCAAUCUGGCAUAAGCAUCAUGAAGUAGAUAUUGCAGAAGUAUUCACUGAACUUGUCUUACUGAAAUCCACAAGAAAAUACAAAAAGGCAAAAGCUAUAUCAACACGGACAAUAAAGGAAGGUGAAGUGACCUCAUUAACAGAGAUAGUGGAUGUUAUUAAUUCAACAGAUUCAUGCAAGGUAUUAAUAACAGGAAAAGGAGGGAUGGGCAAAACUACCCUCCUGAGAUAUAUUGUUCAUAAAUGGGCUACCAAUACUGAUUUACAUAAUUACUUCGCUGAUAAAUUGCUGUUUAUGAUAAAUAUCAAGGACGUUAAAGCAAGUGCAAGUUUCUUUGACAAAAUUAUGGAGCAAAUCGAUACAAAAGAAUUAAUUCAUACAAAUGAUUUAUUAUGUGGAUCUGUUGAAAAAUUUCUGUUUACCCAUGCCAAUAAAAUAGUGAUUUUGUUAGAUGGAUAUGAUGAGUUAGAAAAAGAUGCUAAUGACCCAAUAAACCUUUUUAAAGGACUUCAGUUGCAACAAAGCACUGUAGUGAUAACUUCACGACCGGAAAACAUAGCUCAUAUGGUUAGAAGCUGUGAUGUACAUAUUGAAGUGAAGGGAUUCAGUCCAAAAAGCAUUAAGAACUAUAUUUAUAGUCAUUUUCAUGUAAUCAAUAAAAAUGAAGUAGGUAAAUUACUAAUUAAAGAGUUCAGACUUGAUUCAAGUAAUGUACUCGUUUGGGGCUGUAAUCACCGAGAUGCAUUUGCAUUGUGUUCAUCUCCACUGUUACUGCUUAAGAUAUGUACUAUAUGGGAACAAAACAAACGCCUUCCUAAUGAUUUGUCAGGUCUUUUUAAAGCACUGUUUUGUUGCAUUAUCAGUCAAUAUAUAAGAAAGAAUGAAAAAAAUAAGACUGCUAUUUCCCAGUUAGAUGAAAUCCCAAAGCAGUAUAAAGAUUCCAUUCUAUUAUUAGGAGAGUGCAUGUAUGAAGGCCUAAAGAAUAAUAAUAAAUUGAUUGUUUACAAAUCUGUUUUGUCAAGAAUGACGAAGAAUGAAAAAUUAAUAGAAUUAGUGCUAAAACUUGGAUUUGUUUAUGAAGAUACCCCUGUUGAUCAAAGUGAUGUAAAAGAGAGGUGUACACCUCCCCACAAAUUAAUUCCGGAGGCAUUAUCAGGCUUUUACCUGUCUGAGCAAAUUCAGAAUGAGAGAUUGAUAGCAGAUGAUUAUGAGGCGAUAAGAUCUAAUAAAUAUUUACAUAUGACAAGAGUAUUUACAAUAGGGUUUCUAGGUACUGAUGCAGGUAAAUUUCUGGAACAUUGUUUGACCAUCAAAGAUUUUUACUCAAUAGAACAAUGUUUAAGAUUUGUAAAAGAAGAUCAUAAGGACCAUGUACUACAGACAUUAGAUAAACAGAUGUCCAAUGAAAUGAAAGAGUGCUGUGAACAAAUGUGUGAGUCAUUUAGAAGUGUUCUUAAUGAUGAUGAAACUGUAAACAAAAGUGUGCAUUUAUUCAAACUUAUGAGAAGAUGUUGCGAUAAAUACAAAAAUUCUCCUGAUAAACUUGAAAAGAAAGCAAUAUCAUUAGUAGAUACAUACAGUGAUAAGUCCUUGGUCUGCAGAAGAAUUGUACAUAUCUUAGUUCUUUUGCAAGCAAUAAAAAUUGAGCUCUCAUUUAAAGGAACAGUUUAUUUACCGCCUUUGUUCACACUUGAUAGUCGUAAAACAGGGUGGAUACUUCCUUAUAUUUCGAGGUUUGAGAAUGAGCAAAUAAGAAUCCUUUCAGCAGAGAUGGAUAAAUUAAAUUUGAAAUAUAAGUAUACUUCUGUCAAUUUAGACAUUAAAUCUAAUUCAUCAUUUUUUAUUCAUUUUCUAAAAUAUGCAAACACCCUAUCUAAAUUGUGUGUACAACAGCUUACAGCCAAUAAUCUAGAAAAUCUGGUCAAUUUGCUAGAUGAAAAUAUGACAUUACAUUGGAAAGAUGUGGAUUUUAGUGGCAAUAACCUAUCUACAAUCAGUGGAAGAACAUUGGCUAAGCUUUUAAAGAUCUCUCCAGACCUAAUCCAUAUUGACAUGAGUCAUUGCAGCUUAUCAGGCAGUGUUGUUAAUGAAAUGAUGGAAGAAUGUGAUAGGAUGAAUGUAGUAUUAAAAGACAACAUACUAAUACUGAAGGGCAAUCAUGACUUUUCAGAUAUUGAUGGAAAAUCACUUGCUGAGUUAGUUAGGGUACUUGAUCAGACUAAUUUUAAAUGGAGUUAUUAUUCACUUACGGCUGAUAACCUACAAAAACUGGUUGAAUCAAUAGGUCUCAACAGGAAUUUUACUGUGCAUAAUGUAAAUUUGAGUAAUAUUAACCUAUCUUCAAUCAGUGGUAAGGCAUUAGCUUGCUUUGUUAAGAUCUUUCCAUACCUGUACAGACUAGACUUAAGUCAAUGCAAUUUAUCAGGCAGUAUUGUUAAUGAAAUGGUGGAGGAAUGUGGUAGGAUGAAUGUAGUGUUGAAAGACAACAUGCUUAAUCUGAAGGGCAAUGACCUUUCAGAUAUUGAUGGUAAAUCACUUGCAGAGAUAGUCAGGGUAGUCAAUCUGAAAUGGAGUGAUUAUUCACUUACACCUGGUAACCUACAAAAACUGGUUGAAUCAAUAGGUCUCAACAGGAAUUUGACUUUGCGUAAUGUAGAUUUGAGUAAUAUUAACCUAUCUUCAAUCAGUGGUAAGACAUUAGCUUGCUUUGUUAAGAUCUGUCCAUGCCUGUACAGACUAGACUUAAGUCAAUGCAAUUUAUCAGUCAGUAUUGUAAAUGAAAUGAUGGAAGAAUGUGGUAGGAUGAAUGUAGUGUUGAAAGACAACAUGCUUAAUCUGGAGGGCAAUGACCUUUCAGAUGGUAAAUCACUUGCAGAGAUAGCCAGGGUACUCAAUCUGCUUAAAGUCAAACUGCUUAAUUGGAGUGAUUAAUAACUUACAUCUGUUCACCUACAAAAACUGGUUGAAUCAAUAGGUCUCAACAGGAAUUUGACUUUGCGUAAUGUAGAUUUGAGUAAUAUUAACCUAUCUUCAAUCAGUGGUAAGACAUUAGCUUGCUUUGUUAAGAUCUGUCCAUACCUGCGCAGACUAGACUUAAGUCAAUGCAAUUUAUCAGGCAGUAUUGUAAAUGAAAUGAUGGAAGAAUGUGGUAGGAUGAAUGUAGUGUUGAAAGACAACAUGCUUAAUCUGGAGGGCAAUGACCUUUCAGAUAUUGAUGGUAAAUCACUUGCAGAGAUAGUCAGGGUAGUCAAUCUGCUUCUUAUUUUUAUACCUCCUUGCUUAAAUGGAGUGAUUAUUCACUUACAGCUGAUAACCUACAAAAACUGGUUGAAUCAAUAGGUCUCAACAGGAAUUUGACUUUGCGUAAUGUAGAUUUGAGUAAUAUUAACCUAUCUUCAAUCAGUGGUAAGGCAUUAGCUUGCUU